UUGUCCACGUCAGGUGCCACGGUGGAAGUGACGUGCAAGGCAGGGAAAGAAGAGAUCAAGGCGUACGGCAAGACGAAGAUCAACGGCAAGUACAGCAUCGCCGUCGAAGGGUUCGAGUACGGCAAAUACGGAGCCGGCGCGUGCACGGCGAAGCUCCACGCGCCGAAGAAGGGGACCAAGUGCAGCGUCCCGACCAAGCUCCACGGCGGCAACAAGGGCGCCAUGGUGAAAGUGAAGUCCAAGACGUACGACGAGGUUGUCCUCCAGGCCAAGUCUUUUGCUUACGCGCCCAAGAAUGCUUAUUCGGACUGCGAAAAGCCCAAGCCCAAGCCCACUCCAACUCCCUACUACUACAAGUCCUUCCCCUCGCCGCCGCCACCAUACUACUACAAAUCUCCACCCCCACCGUCACCUUCACCUCCACCACCGUACUACUACAAAUCUCCCCCACCACCGUCACCUUCUCCUCCUCCUCCAUACUACUACAAAUCCCCUCCUCCGCCGUCCCCAUCACCGCCGCCGCCAUACUACUACAAGUCACCUCCACCACCGUCUCCAUCUCCUCCUCCACCGUACUACUACAAGUCACCACCACCACCGUCCCCGUCUCCUCCUCCACCAUACCACUACUCCUCCCCACCACCACCCAAGAAAUCGCCCCCGCCACCAUACUACUACAAAUCUCCUCCUCCACCGUCGCCAUCUCCUCCACCACCGUACCACUACUCUUCCCCACCACCACCCAAGAAAUCACCGCCGCCACCAUACUACUACAAAUCUCCUCCUCCACCAUCACCAUACCCGCCGCCACCGUACCACUACUCCUCUCCACCACCACCAAAGAAAUCACCGCCGCCACCAUACUACUACAAGUCCCCACCGCCGCCAUCACCAUCGCCGCCGCCACCAUACUACUACAAAUCGCCACCACCUCCGGUCAAAUCCCCGCCAUCUCCAUACUACUACAAAUCCCCUCCGCCGCCCAAGGCAUACUACCCUCCACCGUACCACUACUCCUCACCGCCACCGCCGGCCGUCCACCCCCACCACGUGGUCGUGAAGGUCGUCGGAAAAGUAUAUUGCUAUAGAUGCUAUGAUUGGAAGUACCCAUCCAAGUCUCACGAUAAGAAACAUUACAAAGGUGCCACGGUGGAAGUGACGUGCAAGGCCGGGAAAGAAGAGAUCAAGGCAUACGGCAAGACGAAGAUCAACGGCAAGUACAGCAUCGCCGUCGAAGGGUUCGAGUACGGCAAAUACGGAGCCGGCGCGUGCACGGCGAAGCUCCACGCGCCGAAGAAGGGGACCAAGUGCAGCGUCCCGACCAAGCUCCACGGCGGCAACAAGGGCGCCAUGGUCAAAGUGAAGUCCAAGACGUACGACGAGGUUGUCCUCCAGGCCAAGUCUUUUGCUUACGCGCCCAAGAAUGCUUAUUCGGACUGCGAGAAGCCCAAGCCCAAGCCCACUCCGUCUCCUUACUACUACAAAUCGCCGCCACCGCCGUCUCCCAAACCUUACUACUACAAUUCUCCACCACCGCCGUCGCCGUCUCCUCCCAAGCCUUACUACUACAAGUCACCUCCUCCACCGUCGCCGUCACCGCCUCCUCCUUACUACUACAAGUCUCCACCACCACCGUCGCCGUCUCCACCCAAGCCUUACUACUACAAGUCACCUCCUCCGCCGUCGCCGUCACCGCCUCCUCCUUACUACUACAAGUCGCCACCGCCGCCGCCUAAGAAAGCACCUGCACCGACGUACUACUAUAAGUCGCCACCACCACCGUCGCCAUCUCCUCCCAAGCCUUACUACUACAAGUCUCCUCCGCCACCGUCGCCAUCACCACCGCCUCCAUACUACUACAAGUCUCCUCCGCCACCGUCGCCAUCACCACCGCCUCCAUACUACUACAAGUCUCCACCGCCACCAUCACCGUCGCCUCCUCCGCCCUACGUGUACAAGUCACCACCGCCACCUAAGAAGGCACCGGCACCAACAUACUACUACAAGUCACCACCACCGCCGUCACCGUCGCCUCCUCCUUACUAUUAUAAGUCGCCACCACCACCGUCUCCAUCGCCGCCACCAACAUACUACUACAAAUCACCACCGCCGCCAUCACCGUCUCCUUCUCCGCCUUACUACUACAAGUCCCCGCCACCACCAUCGCCUUCACCUCCGCCUCCGUACUACUACAAGUCUCCACCACCACCAUCUCCAUCACCGCCGCCUCCUUACUACUACAAAUCCCCACCGCCACCGUCUCCCUCGCCGCCACCUCCUUAUUACUACAAGUCCCCACCACCACCAUCACCUUCGCCGCCACCACCUUACUACUACAAGUCUCCACCACCUCCCUCGCCGUCGCCACCACCACCAUACGUCUACAAGUCACCUCCUCCUCCUUCGCCGUCACCACCACCACCGUACUAUUACAAAUCUCCCCCUCCUCCCUCACCAUCUCCUCCUCCCCCGUACUACUACAAGUCUCCACCACCACCGUCACCAUCUCCUCCUCCACCAUACUACUACAAAUCUCCACCACCUCCCUCGCCGUCGCCACCGCCUCCUUACUACUACAAGUCUCCCCCGCCACCAUCUCCAUCACCUCCACCACCAUACUACUACAAGUCCCCACCUCCACCAUCACCUUCGCCGCCACCUCCAUACUACUACAAAUCGCCGCCACCUCCCUCACCGUCGCCUCCUCCACCAUACUACUACAAGUCCCCACCACCUCCUUCACCGUCGCCACCUCCGCCUUAUGUCUACAAAUCACCUCCACCACCGUCCCCAUCCCCACCACCACCGUACUACUACAAAUCUCCCCCACCACCGUCGCCUUCACCGCCUCCUCCUUACCACUACAAAUCUCCUCCACCACCAUCACCGUCUCCUCCUCCCCCAUACUACUACAAAUCUCCUCCACCACCGUCUCCAUCACCACCACCGCCAUACUACUACAAAUCUCCUCCUCCACCAUCACCCUCACCGCCGCCUCCAUACCACUACAGCUCUCCCCCACCUCCGUCACCGUCUCCUCCCCCACCGUACUACUACAAGUCUCCACCACCACCGUCUCCAUCUCCACCACCUCCCUACCACUACAAAUCGCCACCGCCUCCCUCACCGUCGCCUCCUCCACCAUACUACUACAAGUCUCCACCUCCACCGUCGCCCUCUCCCCCUCCUCCCUACUACUACCACUCUCCUCCCCCGCCGGUGAAAUCUCCUCCGCCGCCGGCCUACAUCUACGCUUCUCCCCCGCCGCCGACUCACUACUAG